AUGGAAUCAAAACGAGCACCACGAAUUUUAACGCACGAUGAGGUUGCUGAAAUUCAAGAGGCCUUUUGCUUAUUUGAUCGUGCUGGUGAGGGUUACAUUGAAAUGCCCCGUGUUAAAGAGUUGAUGCUUAAGCUUACACCAGGUUUAACUGAGGAGUUAUAUCUUCGUGUUGUGUCAGAAGCGAAACUGGAGAAUAGAGAUACAAUAAAUUUUCCUCAGUUUUUUCUUAUUAUAUCUACAAUACCUACAGUAUUGCCUCAUAAUGAUAAUUAUGGUGUCGAUCAAAUGGCAGAUGUCUUUGCAAUGUAUGACCCUAAUCGUACUGGACAUAUUGAAUUGAACCGUUUUCUACAAAUUAUGUUGGAAGAAGGUGAACCCCUUUCACAAGCAGAGGGAAAGGAACUUAUGUUACAUUUACAACGAUUUGGUUGCUUGCGCAAGGGUAAUGUAAGCUACCAUAAGUUUAUAUCCAAAAUAGUUAAGUGUAAUUCUUCAGGUAUGUUUUCUCGUAGUCUUUAA